CUUGAUCCGGGUUUGUACAACAACAGGAGAGACAGAGAGAGAGAGAGAGAGAGAGGAACAAGAGAAAAGCCCAUCGUCCGUGGGGGAAAUUUGCAGGGUGAGUGAAGCCAGGGUGCCGUAUGAUAAGCUCCGUGUGUGUCUCAUCUUACCGCGGACGCAAGUCAGGGAAUAAAGCUCCUUCUAAACCAUGUCUGAGAGAAGAGAUGGGCAAGGGGGAGGACAGCGAGAGAAUCACCAUUAACGUCGGUGGGACCAGGCAUGAGACAUACAGGAGCACCUUGCAGACUCUGCCGGGGACCCGGCUGGCAUGGCUCACAGACCCCGGAGCCCAGGCGAACUUGGACUUCGAUGCCAAGUCCAGGCAGUUCUUCUUCGACCGUCACCCCGGGAUUUUCGCCUAUGUCCUGAAUUAUUACCGGACGGGCAAGCUGCAUUGCCCGGCUGACGUGUGCGGACCCCUGUUCGAGGAAGAGUUGGCUUUCUGGGGGCUGGACGAGACCGACGUGGAGCCUUGUUGCUGGAUGUCCUACCGGCAGCACCGGGAGGCCGAGGAGGCGCUGGACAUCUUUGAGCCGCCCGAUGGCAACUACAACGGCGCCGACAGGGACGAGGAUCCGGAGCUGGAGCCGGAGCCGAGCCGGAUUCUGGGUCUUGGGGAGGGGAACUCCAGCCGCUCGGCUCCUGGCAACUGCUGGAAGAAGUGGCGACCCACAAUCUGGGCACUUUUCGAAGACCCCUACUCCUCUCGGGCAGCACGGUUUAUUGCUUUUGUGUCCCUCUUUUUCAUUCUCUUGUCAAUCACUGCCUUUUGCCUCGAGACACACGAAGCAUUCAACAAGAUCACGAACUUGACAGAAUAUAAAAUCGUGGGGAACAGCACUCGGCUGGUGAAUGUGUAUGAAGUGGAGAUGGAACCUGCGCUCAUGUACGUGGAAGGAGUGUGCGUCAUGUGGUUCACUCUGGAGUUCUUUGUCCGUAUUUGCUUCUGUCCCAAUAAACUGCUGUUUGUUAAGAAUAUGCUGAACAUCAUUGACUUUGUGGCCAUUCUGCCCUUCUACCUAGAGCUGGCACUUCAUGGCUUGACCUCCAAGGCAGCAAGGGAUGUUCUGGGCUUCCUCCGGGUUGUCAGGUUUGUCCGGAUUCUACGGAUCUUCAAGCUGACCCGGCACUUUGUUGGAUUGAGGGUGUUGGGACACACCUUGAGAGCCAGCACCAACGAGUUCCUCCUGCUUAUCAUCUUCCUCGCUCUGGGAAUCCUCAUCUUUGCCACAAUGAUCUACUAUGCAGAGAGGUUGGGGGAAAGCCCCAAUAGUGAGAGUCCCACUCACUUCAAAAAUAUCCCCAUUGGCUUCUGGUGGGCAGUUGUCACCAUGACUACCCUUGGUUAUGGUGACAUGUACCCCCAGACCUGGUCAGGUAUGCUGGUGGGAGCGCUGUGUGCCCUGGCUGGUGUGCUUACCAUUGCGAUGCCUGUGCCAGUCAUUGUCAAUAACUUUGGAAUGUAUUAUUCCCUGGCAAUGGCCAAACAAAAACUCCCCAAGAAACGCAGGAAACACAUCCCCUGUGGGUCACAUGCCAAGUCUUCAGGCCAUUACAAGUCAGCCCUGAACUCUCCGUGCAACAACACCCAGAGUGACAGUGGUGCAAUCGCUGCUGAAGAGAUAAAAGAGAGAAAGAGCUCAGACUCCAAACAAAAUGGUGAAGCGAACCUGGCCUUAUCAGAUGAGGAAAGUGCUGCACUGAACCAACCAUUAACACCUGAAGAGAAUAGGAUGCUCAAACGCUCCAGUACCAAGGACAGAAACAAGAAAGAGUCGGCCUGCUUCUUACUGGCGCCCGAGAUCUGCAAAGAUGCCCUCACAGUUAAUUAUACUCAAGCAGAAGUGAUCACCCUGUCAUAAUGGCAAAUAGCAGAGGUCAGAGGGCAAAGGGCGAGCUUCCCCGCUUUAUCCAAAAUUCUGUCCUGGAGGGAAGCAAUGGAAGGUUCCAGACUGCCUCAAUCUGGGCUGAAGACCAGGAGUUCAGAAUUA